GGUCCAUAACUGUAAAUGGGCAACACUCACAAUACAUCUCCGUAGAGCUGAACGCGAAGAACACGAACCAAGUUCAAUAGUUACUGAAUUGCCAAAAUAGGCUAUACAGAGACAAUUACAUACACAAACAUCAUUUGUACACAAAGCCCCCAUAAACUUUCUUUACUCAUAUAUUCAUAAUAUAAAAUUUCCCACACAAACCCUACAGAAAACAAAGAAAGAACACUGAUCAAAUAUACAGUGCUGUGAAAUUUUGAGCUCCUUUUGGUUAAAAGAAAAAUGGGUUCCAGUGAGAUGGAAAGAAAGUACUCUUUGUUGAAAGAUCUCAACUUUCAAGUCAAUGUUAAUCAAGAAGAUGAAAGCAGCAGGAGGGGUUUCUUUAUAUCCUUCUGGCUUUAUAUCUCCACCAUCUCCACUUCAUUUCCAUCUGUAAUUCUUUAUCAGGCUGAUCCUGAUAAAGCUUACAAUGUCCCCUUCCUUGGGCUGAGUGCUAACAAGAAGUUGAUGCUGUUUCCCUUGCCUUUUCUACACCAAGAAGCACCUAGCCCCACAGAUCCAGUAUCGUGGAUAGAAAACACAUAUGCUUCUUCGAAGACUGAUUUCCCCCUCAAGAAAUGGGUUCAUGUUGGAUGCGAGGUUUCUAUUGAUUUUGUGCGUAUUUACACCAACGGGGUGCUUGUUGGAGAGAAGCCUUUAUCAUCCACAUCAGAAAAGGGGUUACAUUUAAAAGGUCCGAGGACAGUGUCGUUGUCUUCUACUCAUAAAGAUAUCAAAGUUAAUUACGAGAUACAGGGUUAUGUCUAUGGAGUGGAGGUCUUAUCACAUGCAUCAGAUGUGAAGGAUCAUUACCUGAAGGAUCCCCCUCUUGAACUAUCUAUUGAUGAAUCAAGUGCCUUGGACAUUGAUGAAGACAAUGAUGGUGUGGGGAGCAUUGUUUGCGGAAAGGAUAAUAGUGCAUAUAAGGCAAGUUUGCGACACAUGCAAGAAAUUCCUAUAGAAGCAGAACAUUGUCCAUCUGGUUCAGAAAGUAAUGAAGCAACAAUGUCAAAUUCCCGCAGCAUGUCAAGUUGUAAAUAUCCAGUUUCAGAUUCAAUUGUAUUCAAAUACUGCCUAGAUGGCCCAAGUGAGAGGUCUCUGAUGCUUAGGGAAAUAGCAAUGCUAGCGUCUGAACAAGAACUUCUGGACUUUGCCGAGCAGGUUUCUAUGUAUUCAGGAUGUUUUCAUCAUAGGCACCAAAUAGUUAUGUCAAAGAAACUUCUCGAGGAUGGAACUAAAACUUGGAAUUUGGUUUCAGAAAAGAAUAAACAAGUUCUUUGGGAGAAUUUGGCUCCUGAGAUUGAAGAACAGUUCAAGAAAAUCUCCUGUUGCAAUACUAGAUAUUUAUCAUUGGAGGUCCCGAUCUUUCCUUAUAUUGUUGACGACUUGGAGCUUCUGCGGAAAAUUGCUGGAUGUCAAGAUUUAGUGACCCGUGAAAACUUCGAGAGGCUAUGGCACUGGCUAUACCCUGUAGCUUCUACAAUAUCACAAGAAUGGAUAAAAGCGAUUUGGGAUUCUGUGUUACCAAAAUGGAUUGAAGGGCUCAUUUCGAAAGAAGAAGCAGAAGCUUCACUCCAGGGUAAUGGAAGGUUUCAAGACCCUGGAACAUUUGUACUGCGGUUUCCUACAUCAAGGAGCUGGCCCCAUCCAGAUGCCGGUAGUCUUGCAGUCACUUAUGUUGGUUGUGAUUAUAGUAUUCACCACAAGCUUCUGUCUCUCGAUUUGAUCUAUAGCUCUGGUGCCAAAGAAACCAAUGCGAAGCCGCUUAAAGAAAUGCUACUUGAAGAGCCCGAGCUUUCUCGAUUGGGGAGGAUCAGAAGAACUUUCUAGCUCAUUUGAGAUGUAUAUAUGUACAAUCUGUUUGCCGGAGAGAGUGUACCCCUUUUUGAGUGAGUAAAUGUUAGGAUCUAUUAUCAUGUAUAUUUAGUGACAACAAAAAUCUUUUUGUGUAGCUUCUGUGAUAGUUGAUCUUCUCAUCCUAAAGGGGUAGUGCCUUUUCAUUGGGGUUAUA